AUGGAAAACGAAGGAAGCAAGGUUGAAUGGCCAAAAGCAGCAAUUUUGCGUCUUAUUGAACUAUGGGAGGGUUACGAGUCCCUCUAUAAUCCUCACCACAAACUUUACCACAACAAACAUGCUCGCCAGCAGGCCUUCAGUGAUUUGGCUGAAAAAUUAAGUGAUUUGCUGCCAACUAUUGGUUCCACUGAAGUAAAGGCCAAAUUAACAUAUUUGCGUGGGCAGUAUACCCGUGAGGUAGCUAAGCAAAAGGAAAGGAAAAGUGGAGCCGGCGCGGAAGAAGUCUACAUUCCAAGCGCAUUUUAUUUUGAAAAAUUGACUUUCCUCCAAGCCUUUAUAAAAGUUCGAAAAGGGGAGAGCAAUUUUAUAAGUGUAAGUUUCUCUGCAUUUUCCCAGCUUCCAGUUCGCUAAGUGAAUUU